AUGGGGGUAUCUGUCAUUGAAGAACAACGCGACGUUAUCAUAAAUACAGUUAAGAACAUUACCGCCGGCGAUUGGAAAAUUCUGGUCAUCGACACCGAAUCUAAGAAAAUAAUUGACAAUGCCGUCAAGGAGGAUGAUAUUCUUAAUCAUAAUAUUGCGAACAUCGAACGUAUUGAAGAUCGGAGAGAUAUGAACCCGAGUAUGGACGCUAUAUAUAUACUGUCACCGCAACCUCACAUUGUAGAUUGUCUCAUGGCCGAUAUUGAACGACGGAGAUACAAAAAAUGCUAUUUAGUAUGGACCACGGUACUCGAUCCUCAGCUAAGGAGGCGAAUAGACGGUUCAGCCCUAGCAAAGCAACAGAUUGCUGGUUUUGAAACUCUUUCGAUCGAUUAUUACCCUCGCGAGUCCCACGUCGUUACGUUUAGAGAUCCUUGGAGUUUUCCGAUCCUAUUUCAUCCCGCUUGCAAUGGACUUAUAAGGAAGCACAUGCAAGAUUUGGCUCAGAAGAUCACUGGUCUAUGUGUGACCCUUGGCGAGUACCCGAAGGUCCGCUACUACCGGCCCCAGAAUCCAAUACAUGAGGCCAGCGUAUUAUCGUCACAUCUUGCUCGUUUUGUAUCUGAGGAGCUCGACGAAUAUGCACAAUGGAAUCCUAACUUUCCGCCGCCGAGUUCCCGCCCGCAGGGAGUUCUCAUAGUGACCGACAGAUCGAUGGAUUUGAUGGCUCCCUUGAUACAUGAAUUUACAUAUCAAGCAAUGGCACACGAUCUACUACCGAUCAAGGACGGAGAUAAGACGACGUUCCACAUGACUGUUAACGAGGGUUCCCCAGAUGCAGAAGAGAAGGACAUGGAACUCGCCGAAAAAGACAAAGUGUGGGUUGAAAACCGGCACAGACAUAUGAAGGAUACCAUCGAUAAGUUGAUGAGCGAUUUCCAGAAGUUCCUCGAUCAAAACCCCCAUUUCACAAAUUCGAACAGUGACACCACCAGUCUGAAUGCUAUUAAAGAUAUGAUGGCGGGGCUACCGCAAUUCCAAGAGAUGAAAGAAGCAUAUUCUCUCCAUCUUACCAUGGCGCAAGAGUGUAUGAACAUCUUCCAACACCAUAAACUGUCCGAAAUGUCUCCUACAGAACAGGAUAUGGCUACAGGCCUUGACGAGGAUAAUCGGAAACCGAAAAACGUACUCGAUGCGAUUGUUCGCCUCUUGGAUGAUGAUGCUGUCACUCAGUCGGAUCGUCUGCGUCUUAUAAUGAUGUACCUCCUUUAUAGGGACGGAGUUAUCCCUGAAGAUAUUCAGAGGCUAUUAGCACAUGCAUCUUUACCACCCCAGGACGGCGAAGUUAUAGCAAAUUUGGAAUUACUUGGUGGUCGUACAACACAUGGUCUCAAGGACAUUCGUAAAGACUUAAAACCCCUGUUUCCCGUCGACCCGAAGGUACCGGUUCCCGAGGAUAAUUAUAUGUCACGAUUCAAUCCUGCGGUGAAAACCAUGCUGGAACAUCUAUGCAGAGGAGCAUUAGAUCAGACAGCAUUUCCCUAUGUCAAACCACCACUUGACCCCAACGAGGACGCGCUCAUUGGCCAGGGCUCUUUGCGAGCAGCGAAACCUAGUUGGGCUGGUGCUGGUAGACGUGUCGUAGAUAACAGACAGCGCAUUAUUGUCUUUAUGGCCGGUGGGGCAACGUUUUCCGAAUCGCGCUCUUGCUAUGAGGUUGGCGCGGCUUUGAACCGCGAUGUCUUCCUAGCAACCAGCCAUAUGCUCACACCACAGCUAUUUGUUAGACAGGUGGGUGAUCUGGGCGUAGAUAAGAGACGACUCGAUAUACCUAUGGAGAGGCCACCCCAGAGAGCACCGGCACACUUAUUCGAGCGACCCGCUCCACCACCGAUGGCCGCUCCCCCGGCGCCACCAGGUGGCCAACGCCCGCCCCCAGGACGAGCACCACCUCGUCCUGGUGGGCUACCAGGCGGGCCAAGAAUAGGUGGCGAGCCUCAUGCUCCGCCUACACAUACUCCGCCUGUACAGGCAAUGAGCAAUAUGUCGCUUCACACUCCUAAACCAUCAAACGGAAGUGAUGUCAGACCUCCGUCGUCGGCAAGCGGAGGCAAACCACACAAAGUAGAAAAGGAAAAGAAAAAGCGUAAUAUCUUCGGAAUGAAGAAGAGCUGA